AUGCUCGGCACCUGGCUCGCGGCGUCGGCCUUUGCGCUGCAGCCUGCCGUCUGGACACGUCCGGCGUCUCUGCGGACACGACACCGGUGCCAGCUCAUCGCGCAAGACAACAACUGGUACCCUGCCGCGAGCGGCGAAACGUACUACUAUAACGCCGACACCGGCGAGGCGCAGUGGCAGGUUCCUCCUUCUGCGUACAGUAGUUCGCUCGUCUGGCGCGUGCUGCCCCACGCCGGUAUCCGCUACGAGUACGCGGGAUGCACGCUCGCGAUGCCGCUCUGGCGGUCCGACAUGGCCGACCCGUCGCCGUACGUGUCGCGGCUGCAGUGCGUCGUCCACGGCGUCCAGGGCUCGCACCUCAACCUCUCACAGACCAGCGCACAGCGCCAUGCGAUGGACCGUCUUCUCGAUAACAAGGCUGCGAAGCACGUGCCGCCUCCGACCCUGUGGCGCGCCCACGAGUCCGCUCCGUGGAUGGUGCUGCGGAAGGCGAGGCCGCUCGGAGACGACAUCGGGUUCGACGGCACGCACGCGCUGCAGCAUGGCGAGCAGAUCAGCUUGGACAUCCGCGAGCCAGAGGCGGCCGUGUUCACGGUCACAUGCGAGGAGGCGGGCGCCGGCGCGUCCGUGCCGCAGGAGGACGGCUACAUGCAUGGGUACGGCGAGAGAGAUUUUUAG